AAAAUAACGACGUGUAAUUACGGUGAGAAUCCAUUUAGAAUUGUUACCGUGUUGCCAGUGAUCAGUUUGUGAUUUCAAAGCGCUGAAUAUUUAAGUAUUGACAAAGUUAGAGUGGUUAAUAAAAUGCAAUUAUCUGAACAAUGACCUUAAUAUUACUCCAAAACAAAAAAUAUAAUUCCCUGCACGAAGCUGUGGUCCAUGGUUCGUACAGCAGCGUUUGUUCCUUCAUCGACGCCAAAACCGAUGUGAACCAGCGAGACGACAACGGGAACACACCUUUAUUGCUGGCGGUUUGUGUACAACAGGAAGAGACUUACAACAAAAUCGUUGCGAUUUUAAUUGAAAACGGGGCUGACGUCAACGCCACGAACAAAGGUUUAACUCCGUUAUACAAUGCGGUUUUCUACAAAAGACUGGAGUCAAUAAAAUUAUUAUUGGCGGCUGGAGCAUGGCUGAAUACAGAUCCAAGCAAAUACGAACUGCACAUCUUGGCACAACAAGGAGAAAAGGAAAUUUUAAACUUGUUUCUCAAAGAUCCAAAAUGCACGCCCGACAUGAUCAACUUUGCCGAUCUGAAAGGACGAACUGCCGUCUAUUUUGCUGCGGAGAAUUGCCAUAAAUCAACGCUCAAAAUGUUAAUCAAACACGGUGGUGUUCUAAAUACCGAAUGCGAAGACGGAACUGUUAUAGAGACAAUUUUUGAAGAAGUCAGUUCUCCCGUUGUGUUCUUGAAGGAACUUUUAGACUCCAACAUUUCCAUGCAAAAAAUUAUGAUGUAUGGAAAAGAGACGAAAAACAAGAAAAAUUAUAUAAUAGAUUUCAGUAUCCUGGCACCACGUCCUUCAGCCAGACAAAUGACGGUAAUAAGUAACUUGCUGGCUUCGGCCUCUGACGAGGAGAAGACAGAAGUUUUACAACAUCCUCUCAUUGAUUUGUUUCUGUCGUUGAAAUGGGCGAAAAUCCGGUUUAUAUUUUAUUGGCUGAUCGUGAUCCAUUUUGUAUUUGCUACGUCUAUAAGCAGCUACGUGUUCCUGUUUGUUCAUGACGUCAAAAAUGAUUUUCCGAAGUUACGAAUCAUCGCUAUCUUCUCUCAAUUUCUCACUUCCAUGCUUUUAUUGGGAUACGGAGUCUUACAAUGUGUUUUAGUUAAGGGGAAUCAUUUCAGACGGUUUGAGAUGUGGAUGAGCAUUAUCAACAGUGUGCUGUCUUUGGUUGUGGCCGGUUUAGCGAUAACGAAACUGGACAACGUUAACAUAAAAGAUUGUCCAAAUUGGGUCCUUCACGUAACCAGUGUGGCCGUUUUGCUGGCCUGGAUACAAUUAAUGCUGCUAAUUGGACGAUUGCCAACUUUCGGAUACUAUGCACUAAUGUUCGCCGCUGUCUUGCAGAACGUUAUUAAGGUGCUGUUAACAUUUUUAUGCUUAAUAAUAGGAUUCGCUCUCGCGUUUUCCAUCCAGUUUCACGACUUCGUGCAAUUCGGCAACCCCUGGCACGCCAUUAUAAAAACUACGGUCAUGAUGACUGGGGAGUUCGAAUACACUGAUUUAUUCCACUCGACUGACAACAAUCAUCGCUUAACCGGCCCUACUCAAGUCAUGUUCCUGUCCUUCAUAAUUCUCACCAGCGUUGUGUUGAUGAAUCUCAUGGUCGGUCUGGCCGUUAGCGAUAUUCAAGGUUUGCAGCAGGAAAGUUUGGCUAGAAAGUUGGAAAAACAAGCGGAGUUUUUAGACCAGUUGGAGGAGCUGGUUUAUAUAAAAAGUGCCAAUUCGAAAUUCGUCCCACAAUGCGUUAAUAAUGUGUUCUUGAAACGACUCGUUAUUCCUUUGAAUUUUACCAUCGAAGCAACUGCUAGUUUUCAAAAAAGAAAUAAUUUAUCAAAAAGAUUAAUUGAUUCUAUUGUUUGUAUAGCUAAAAAAAGGAAAACAGAAGCAUAAAACAUAUUUUUCAUUUACGAAAAUCAAUUUUAAUUAAAUAUGUAUGUUUUAUUGCUGAAAAUAAAUAUUUACUGAAUUAAG